AUGGCAUCCAAAUUCAGAGCACCAACGAGAGCAUUGGGGUUGUUGAGGACACGUGCUGCACCGACAGCUAUCGUCCCCACGGCACGAUGUUAUUCAUCGUCUUCCGAGCCGGACUUGAAGGCCACACUCAAGGACGUCAUUCCCGCCAAGCGAGAACUGUUCAAGAAGGUCAAGGCCCAUGGCUCCGCUGUCAUUGGUGAGAUCAAGGUGGAAAACACCAUUGGUGGCAUGAGAGGACUAAAGGCCAUGUUGUGGGAGGGUAGUGUUCUGGAUGCGAACGAGGGUAUUCGAUUCCAUGGACGCACAAUAAAAGACUGCCAGCAGGAACUCCCCAAGGGCACCUCGGGCACUGAAAUGCUCCCAGAGUCCAUGUUCUGGCUGCUCUUGACUGGCCAGGUUCCGUCGGUUGGUCAGGUUCGAGGGCUUUCCCGCGAACUUGCGGAGCAGGCCUUUAUUCCCGAAUUUAUAAACAGGAUGCUUGAUAACUUCCCCAAAGACCUGCACCCCAUGACCCAAUUCUCCAUCGCCGUCAGCGCCUUGAACCACAACUCCAAGUUUGCCAAGGCCUACGAGCACGGCAUGAACAAGGCCGACUACUGGGAGCCGACUUUCGACGACUGCAUCAGCCUGCUGGCGAAACUGCCCACCAUUGCCGCCAAGAUAUACCACAACUCAUACCGCGGCGGAGGCGCCUUGCCUGGUGACGUGGACCCCGAGCAGGAUUGGUCUUACAACUUCGCCGCCAUGCUGGGAAAAGGUGGUCCGGAGAACGAGAACUUCCAGGACCUCCUGCGUUUGUACCUCGCGCUUCACGGUGACCACGAGGGUGGAAACGUCUCGGCUCAUGCAACGCAUCUUGUCGGAAGCGCCCUCAGUGAUCCCUUUCUGAGUUACAGCGCUGGUCUUCAGGGUCUGGCUGGGCCACUCCACGGACUUGCUGCGCAGGAAGUGCUGCGCUGGAUCUUGCAAAUGAAGAAGGGUAUCCCUGCGGACUACUCCGAGAAAGACGUACAUGACUAUCUAUGGUCAACCCUCAACAGCGGGCGGGUUGUGCCGGGCUACGGCCACGCAGUCCUUCGCAAACCUGACCCCCGUUUCGAAGCACUUAUGGACUUUGCCUCGUCCCGCCCCGAGAUCGCGAAAGACCCUAUAUUCCAGCUUGUCAAGAUGAACAGCGAGGUCGCUCCUGAGGUUUUGAAGAAGCACGGCAAGACCAAGAACCCGUAUCCCAAUGUUGACUCAAGCAGCGGGAUGCUCUUCCAUCAUUACGGGUUCCACGAGACCCUGUAUUACACAGCAACAUUUGGCGUGAGCCGGGGACUAGGUCCUCUCGCUCAACUUAUUUGGGAUCGCGCGCUUGGCCUGCCCAUCGAACGACCCAAGAGCAUCAACCUCGAGGGUAUCCUGAAGCAAAUCGGUGCAUGA